AUGUAUUUACUYAACAAAUUUAAAGUUAUGUCCUUGCUCCUACCCCUUGAAAUYCGUACUGCAUAUGAUGACAACAAUUUUAAYUAUAACAUCGACCAUCAGUCAAUUGAAGAAACUGAAGUGACAGAAGACUUUGAAGAAUCAAAUGAAGCUGUAAAAUCACUAACACAUAAGAAUCAUGAAGAGAAUGAGUUGGCGGUUCAUGGUGAUAAAAGAGUGUGGGUAAAAGCUUCAAAUGCAUUGUUUACGGAUCAAAUCAAAGAAGAAAUUCAAGAAUGUGAGUACCAAACCAUUAUUGACGUUAAAGAUGAAAUAGAAGAAAUCGAAGAAGAAGAAGAAGAGGAGAUUAAAUUACAACCAACAAUUGUAUGCGAACCAAUACCACCACCACCACCAGCAAUUGACAUUCGAUUGAAAAAAAUUAACAUGUCAAAAGUUGGUUUCAAAACAGUGAAAAAGCCUAAAGAACAGAUCGGUCGUAAACCUAGACCUAUAUUGCCUAUGACCCGGCCAAUAGCUUCUGCAAGUACUUCACACUUGGAACAGGCCUCAACUCAACACCAGUUAAUUAUGCCUUCAACUCAAGUGCCUGGAAUUGCUUAUCAGAUUUUUCUGGGUGAUCAUGGAAAGAACUCGAACAAUCCAGUUCAAUAUACAAUGUUACAGCCACGACCAGUAUUCUUACAAUCGUCUCCAACAUCUGUCAGCAAUACAUCACCAGUURUGAUUAGCCAAUCAUAUCCAAUGACUCGAUCCCAGGUUCAAGGUCCUAUAGUUCCCAAAAUUGCUCCCAAAGUAGUCAGUCAAACCUACUGUUCAUUUUGUUACAAACAUUUUAAAGAUAUGAAGGAACAUGUUAAAUUGUGUUGGGCUAAUCCAGCUAGUAAAAGCUAUAAGUACAGAAAAAUUGCACCGUCUAUUUCUUAAUAAUUGUUCGAAAUGUUGAAAUGUAUUUAUUUUUUUUUAUUGGCCAAUACAUAAAUUWWUGUAUUGUAUCCAUAUUGACAUUAUUACAAAUUUAAAGUUUGAUCGAAUAUUAUGGCAUAUGUUAAAAAUUAUAUAAUCGACUUAACAUUAACAAUUGUAUUUCAAUUASUACACGGUUGAUUAUACUUUUAUGUAUUAAAAAUUGAUAUUUCUAGUGAUUUAUCCAUUAAUGUUAAUUUAUAAUAUUAUAAAAUAGAAUCUGACUUUACAAAAACCUAUUUGUCCAAAAUUAAUAUUAGUUGU